AUGAAGCUUCCAUUGCUUGAAGAACUCGAUGUCUCGUUCAGCACACUGUCCGGAGAUUCUCUCAGAGUUGUAGGCCAGUCUUGUCCUAAUCUGAAGACAUUUAAGCUAAACUGCUUGGGUGACAUUCGUACCGCGAACGAGGGCGACGAUGAUGCUCUAGCUAUCGCUGAAACAAUGCCUGGACUUCACAACCUCCAGAUUUUCGGAAACAAAUUAACAGAUGCUGGUUUAAACGCCAUUAUUGAUCAUUGUCUUAACCUGGAACAUCUUGAUUUACGUCAGUGUUUCAACGUUAACAUUGUCGGGGAUCUGGAGAAGCGGUGUUCCGAAAGGGUCAAAGUUUUGAGACGACCUAAUGAUUCUACUCAUGAUUACCCAUAUGAAGAAGUGUUGGUUUUCAAUACGAUGAGAGCAUCUGAAGAUGGCUUCAUGCCAAAUGUUAGUUGUUAUCAUGACUUCGAAGGUGCCAGUGACAAUUCUGACUACGACCCGUAUGAUGUUUAUGAUGACCCGUAUGAUAUGUACGGCGAUCUGCGUUUCUAGGUGCAGUGGUGAAAUGUUUUCAUUAUCUCUUUUAAAGUAGUUUCUAUAAGGUCAUUCGUGUCA